CGAAACUCCGCGUUUAAUCCUCUCAAAAACUAAGAUAACUCUUAAAAUCCCUCCGCUUGAUUUAUAGAAAGGGAUAUUUAUGCAAGUUGAACCGCAGUGUACUCGUAUUCGUGACCGAUGUGGCCAUAUCGCUUGAAAAGCAAAUGAAAAGCUCGAGCGGCCAUGGUAGUAUUUAGUGAGAAACAUUCACGAUUUUCUUUCAAUAUUUUUGGUUGUCCAGCAUCCCCCCCCCCCCCCCCCCCCCCCCCACCAGCAUCGCUUCGUUUGUUGACAUUUUUUGUGUGGAGGGGACGCCGAAACGUCGUUACGCACAGACACACAAGAAAAAGUGUAUGCUUCUGCGACCACUGCUGCUUGGUUUAUGCGCCGCAAUGCCCAAGAAAGGACAAUUCUACUAUGCCGUCCGAAACGGCCGAAAUAGAGGCGUCUUUCUCUCAUGGCCUGAGUGCGAAAGCCAGGUUAAAGGAUAUCCGCGCCCGAGCUUCAAGAAGUUCAGCACCGAGGAAGAAGCAUGGGCCUUCGUCAACAGCGACCCCCUCGGCGAAGUGACGCUGGGACACUCGGUAUGUGGGGCAAGCAGCCACAUUGUCGGGAGGGUCGACUGCAGAAAGCGAAAACACGACUUCGACCAGCCGCAAGACCUGGGGAGUGGGAAAUCUCGCAAGCUGAGCAUUGCUGCCGAUGUCAAUGACCCAGACGACAUGCUGCACGUGUACACAGACGGCGCGUGUUCCAACAACGGUGGCCACACCGGCUCCCCGAGAGCCGCCAUCGGUGUUUACUGGGGGCCCAACCAUCCCAUGAACAUCAGUGAACGGCUGGCGGGGCGGCAGACCAACAACUGCGCAGAGAUCCACGCAGCAGUACGGGCACUGCAACAGGUCAAGAGUCUUGGCGGACGGCAUGUCACCAUCUACACCGACAGCUCCUUCCUCAUCAACAGCGUGACCAAGUGGAUGGACGGCUGGAUCAAGAGGGGCUGGAAGCUGUCGGACGGCCAGGCGGUCAAGAACAAAGAGGACUUCCUGGAACUUCUCAAGGCCGCAGAGGGCCUCAGGGUCAAGUGGGUCCACGUGCGAGGUCACAGUGGCAUUCUGGGAAACGAGGAGGCAGACCGUCUGGCCGUGGCAGCCCUGAGCCUCCCUCUACCUCCAGUGCACUCUCGCGUCCCACGAUCACGAACUCUGACCACUCUGACGCUGUCCUCGCGCGCUCUUCGAAGUAGCCGGUUUUUGUCACCAGUAUCAAGAUCAAGGAUCAAGAUGGCUCGUAGGGGUGCUGAAGGCGAAUACCACGUGUAUACGGACGGAGCAUGCUCCAACAACGGAGGUUACAACGGGACCCCCCGUGCCGGCAUCGGCGUCUACUGGGGCCCUAACCAUCCGAUGAAUGUGAGUGAACCGCUGCCUGGGCGUCAAACCAACAACCGUGCCGAGAUCCAAGCUGCCACUCGGGCCUUGUAUCAAGUGAGAGAACAGGGCGGGCGAAACGUGACUGUUCACACGGACAGCGACUUCCUUGUAAAGGGCACAACCCAGUGGAUGGGAAACUGGGAAAAAAAUGGUUGGAAGACUUCCACGGGUGAGACUGUCAAGAACAAGGCGGACUUUCAAGACCUCCAGAGAGCUUCGGAAGGCCUCAAUGUAACAUGGGACCGGGUGCCAGCUCACAGUGGCGUUCCUGGCAAUGAGGCGGCUGACCGUCUGGCCAACGCGGCCAUAGGCCGUCGCUAAGCAGCGCCACAAGUUGACCAUCGCGGUUUGCUUCCAGAAAGUUCCUACCACGUUUUGUAUUUCCAAUAAAGCUCCAGUUUGCAUUCA